AUGUGGAGAGUUAUAAAGAAAGAGAAUUGUAGUUCAGUGCCAGAAAAUGAGAAUGUAUCAUUAUCACCAGAAGGCACAAAAGUUAUAGACCCAAAAUUAGCCAUGACAAAAUUCAAUGAAUACUUCACUUCACUGACUGAAGACAUCAUUCAAUUAAAUUGUAAAGGAUCAGUUAAAAGUUUCUCCAGCAAAUCGGUGAUCUUGGAAGCCUCCAUGUAUGUUUAUCAAACAAAUCCUGAUGAAAUUAUAAACAAAAUUAAAUCAUUAAGCAAUAAAAUGUCAAGUGCCCUUGAUGAAGUACCUGAUUUCAUAUUAAAAGCAUGUGCUCACCACAUAGUAAAACUGUUGGCAAAAAUUUUCGACCUCUUUCUCUCUAGAAAUUGGUGUCUUUCCAGAUACUCUCAAAAUAGCAAAAGUUUCACCAUCUCUAAAAAAAAAGGUUCUUCUGAUGGAAUAUCAAACUACCAAAUUGUGUCACAGUUAAGUUCCUUCUCAAAAAUUCUACAAAAACCUUUUUAUAACAGAAAGCCUAAAUCCACACAGACAGUGAUUUCUGAAUUCUUAGACUGUGUUGUGAAAUCCCUUGAUCAACAUAAAUUAGCUGCAGGUAUUUUCCUAGACCUGUCAAAAGCCUUCAACACCUGGACCAGAGCAGUCUGCUUGAAAAAUUACAAAUAUGUGGAGUAA